GCCAAGCUAGAGCCUGAUUCGACUCGGGAGCUGAAGCCGUCGUUUCUAAAAGGGCCAGUGGUGCAGUGCGCCCUCUCUCGGCUUGCAUUUUAACACAUGAAUGUGGUGUGUGUAAGAAAGGGACUUUCCGCCGGUCCGUCGCUCCGUUUAUGCAGUGUGUUUCGGUUAUUCAAUGCAAAUCUAGAGGGUUUUUUUCCUCGGAAUUAGUUUCCUGCUCUCUCGACCAGCAGGAGACCCACAAUGUUCGGCUGUUUGGUCGCUGGACGAUUGGUCCAGACGGACAUGCAACAGAUAGACGACACUCAUGUCCUCUUCAACAUUUUCAAUGCGGCUACCAUCAACCACAUCGUUGUCUUCCUGACCGGAAUCAAAGCGUUUCCAGAGGGAAUGGGCGGGGCCAUCUACUUCAGUUGGCCGUCACCGGAGGGCGAAAUGGUCUGGAUGUUUCUCGGUUUCAUCACCAACGAUAAGCCAAGUGCCAUUUUUAAAGUAGUCGGCUUAAAGAAAGGAAGUUCUGCAAACAACUCAUUCAUGCAGUCUAUGCCUGUACAGCAGCCGAUGAAGACGAUGUCACAGAUUGGAAUCUCUGUGGAACCCCUUCACGUUAUCCAGCAUCAGAUACCAGCAGAAACUACUCAGACGUCGACUUUGACCAGCUUCUCAGAGUUCUCCAUGAAGAUGUUGGAGAACUUCUACAACUACGCCUCGUCGUUCGGAAUAAACCAGUCGCAGAUGACACCCCAGCCAAACGUCAGCUGGAUCCCCAUGACGGUCCUAGAUAAAUGGUUUCAGAACUUCAAGAAAAAAAUGGCUCAAGAUCAGAAUUUUUGGAGGAAGUAGCUGUACUUCGGUAAUUUUAGUAUUUUAAAAAUUUUAAGAUUUGGGUACUUUUUGUAACACAAAGUAGAAAGCUUCCCUUACAAUAUUACUUGCUGAGGUGCUGUAGUUUUUGAGAAAUGAGUACAAAAACAAGUCACCAAAAGCAUUUUUCUCUCACUCUCAGUGAUUGCAAGUAAAAACGUAUUAACCAGUUACAUGUAUGGUAUGUUAUGGUUUUUACAUGCUAAAACUGAGACUAAAAUAACU